AACGAGAAACAUGACGAGGAGUAGUGACUGAUCAGUCGUGAGAAAAACGAGGAACAUGGCGCGUACUAGUGACUGAUCAAGCAAACGAUUUUGGAUCAAAAUGUUUCGGCAUACUUUGAAAGGCGUUAAGGUAGUGAGUAGUUACGCUGUUCCGACGUUACGUAAGUUGUGGUUUCCCUUUAUAGGUAAGCCUUUUGUACUCAAGCCUCCUUUCCUGUCUAUUUUUCAGUCCAUAACUGUCCAGUCGCCUUCACUAGAUUUAAUUUGUCAAAGAAAAUUAACUCUUUUUUCCAGAGAGUCAAGCAAGGUUGUUAUCAAGCGUGAUCAGCACCCUUGAGCCGCACUUGAAAAAUCUUGUGAAACAACACGAAGAGAUCACUGAGAGGUUGUCUGUUACUGAGGUAUUAUUUCUGACCAGUGAUAAUACAUUUCUCUUACUAACCCAGUUCGAGGUCUGUACUGUAAGUUAUGGACCGAGGGGAAAAAACGAGGUUUCGUGACUUACAUUACGCACUGACAAAGCGAUGUUACAUUAAAAUAUUGCCUGCUAAUUUGACUAAGCAGAGCUCACGUACUAUCUGAGAGAUAUAGUGAAUGUAUAUAAUGCUUUUACCACUCUACAUCAAUAUCUUUUAUAUUAAGCCAUUCCAAAGAUAACGAGAUUUAUUCUUAUUGGGUUUAACAAAUCUCCUUGAAAAUUUAAUCAGAAGAUACUUCAAGGAAAUACUUCUUGGGAAAGUUGAAAUAAUUUUAUUCUCUGAACUAACAUCUUAAAAAUCGUAUGGCAGACAGUAAGGAGAAUUACAAAUGAAAUUUGGGGAGUGAAAGGGUGAAGUUACUUCAUUAAGACUCAACUUUGGGUCUGAGAUGGUUCUUUGAAUUUCCAUGUUUGUAAGGGUGGUUUUUAGUUUUAAAGUCCUCCUUCCUCCAGCACUCUGUACCCUCAGCUGACUUUUUCAAAUUAUCAUCCCCCUUCCCUUGAAUUCAGUAUCAGUUUUUUCUGAUAUUUUUGGAUGGAAUGUUACUUCACCACGAGCUAACCUCCCUCCUCUCCUAAGAAUUUUGUCAAAUUUCCCAUUCAAACAGUUUGUUAUAUUCCAUUUAUAAUCCUCAGUAGAAAGAGAAAAUCCUGAAAUAUAGUGUUUCAGCCAGGAACACUCAACAAAGUGACUAUAACCAGGACUUGUAAUGGAACCUUCCCAUCUAGAAUCCAUUAAACCUUUACACCCUCACAUUGGUUUAUCUGCCCUUUACACGAUGGGAUCCUGACCUGAGAUACUCCUCUUGUGGGUGUGAAAGGGUGUACACUAACCUGUUGGUCAGUGUGUCUUACUUUGUGUUGUAGUGACCGGGUGAGUUGCCUUUCAGGGGAAUAUUCCAACUGCGAGUGAACACAAGACUUUAUCCAAGCAGCUUUCUAAACUUUCACCUAUUGUCCAUUUGAUAAGCCAAAUUGAGACAAAGGAGAAGGUGAGAAAUAGGAAAUGUCUUGAAUUUGUCUUUUUAUAAUGUUAAUUAUAUAGAACUAAUCAUGAUGAUUACAACUCAGUUCGAUUGGGACAAGGGUCUUCACUGAGAGGCAACAGAAGUUUGAUGACCAUUUUUUGAUGUUGAGUCGUGUUUUUGUGAAACUGGCUCCAUUUUCAUUGUCAAUGUGUGGUUUGACCUCUUUUGGCAGGCUUUUAUGUUUGAUGUUAGGCAAUGCACAGCUAUUGAAAUUUGGUUAGAAUUGGAAAUGGGGAAGGUUGCCUGUGUUAACACCAUAAUUUUACGGUCAAAACCUGGGUAACAAACUUUUUCUGCUUGACAAUCAAAUGAUAAUUAAAUAUUUGAUAGUUUUUAUUUCUAUAGUAAGAAGGUGAGAACAGGAAACAUAUAAAAACAGAGACAAAGAAACUGAAUGUAUGGCACUGCAUGAAAUCCAUUUAAAAAAUGAGAUGGACCUAAACCAGUUAAUCUUGGUGUGAACUGGAGUAAACAGUGCAACUAACUACUGCAAUAUCUGUUUCAAUUCUUUUUUCUGUAGGAAAUCAAGGAUUUAGAUGAAAUGAUAUUGGAAAUUGGUGGAGAAUUAGGGAAAUUUGCCGAAGAGGAUAAGAAGCAAGCUCUCAGUGAUAUUAAGAAAAUUGAGGUACGUCAGUCUAUGUCACUAAGCAAUAAAAUAACUUAAACUUGAAGGUACAUUGUACUUUUAGCGUUUUGGAAUUUCCUAUCAGUAUGUGUACCCUUUUCUACAGCAAUCAUUUAGCAUUGUUUCAUUAAAAAGUUGUAGUUACUUUUUAACAAAUUCUUGCACAAUGAGCUAAAUAUAAGGAUUUAUACUAGAAUAAACGGUUUCUGUUUCACUCUCAAGGUAAAAUCUGAACCAGUUUUGAAUAAGUACAAACUUACUUCACCUAGGUGGUUGUUACUUUACACCAUGUAAAUUUUCUGGGCUGAUUUAGGGCAAUUUAGCUCAGUUCUAGUUUAUCUGCUCCACCCUCUAUAUAAUCUUUUCCCAAGGUAGGACACUGUAUGACACCAAUAAAAUGAAUCCAAUGAAAGCAAAACAUUAUAAAUUUGGUCCAAUCACCUUGAAACUCCACAUACAAUAGCAACAUAAUGACAAUUCAUACUAGUGUUCCUCAUUCAGGAUUAUAUGCAAUGAAAAGGAUAUAACCCUUUACACCCCAACAUUAGUAUGCAUAUUCACCAUACUUUCUUUAUACAUUUUUUUAAUGUUCUGAAAAGGAGAAUUUGUUUAACAAUCAAGAGCCUCUUUAGUUGUUGAUCAUUUCCCUUAUUCUCAUGACCCUAAUGUUUUACACAGGGGUGAUCUUGUAAGGAGAAAUUGGAUGCCAGUCUCUCUAAGGGGUUAAAGAGUUAAACACAGCCAAUUCCUAGCUAUAAGUUUACUGAUAGACUUUGGAUGAUGAGUUAUUCAGAUUUUGCAGGACCUUAAAACUAUAUGAACUUUCAAAGAGUGGCUGAUUUCUAAAUUUUCUCCUAUGCCACUCUCUUUGCACUUUUUGGAUAUUAUUAAUGUUACCCCUUCCCUCAAUUUUAUAUUCUGACCAUUCAGACUUAUUCUGGUUUUGCAUCAUGUUAGGUGCAAUAGCCUCUGAUAGAAAGAAAAAAAGAACUGAAUUGGUUAAUUUUGUUAACUAAAUUUUCUUUCCUAGGAUGAGUUGCUUAAGGCUCUUAUUCCUCAAGAUGGUGAUGAUGAAAACAGUGCCAUACUGGAAUUAAGGGCUGGUAUGUGAGGAAAAUAAUUUAUUAGUAUGGGUUUGAAAUGACUCAGCUGGUCGGGUACGAAUUGACCUAACUGGGUAUGGAACAACGGUGUAUGAAACAAAUGUAAUUACAAAAUGUUUGGUAAUCCUGCUAAAUGCUUUUUACUCUUAAGAUUAAGAAACUUUGAACACAAUGAUUUGAUAAUGCAAGGGAAAUUAUAGUGCACUGACUAAUUACAGAAAGUUCAUGACAUGCAAGAAAAACUCCAGAUCAUAAACUUAUAAUUAUUUGAUCUGUGUGUUGUUAAGUUUUCUCACAUCUGAUUGGUAUUUUCCUUGGAAUACAUAAUUAUUCCAUAAUUGCUUGUCCAAGCUUCUGCUGUUUGCAGUUUGCUGAGUUCCACAGAAAGCAAUGCAAGACUGAUUAAAUAUCUUACCAUCAGCCAUUCUCUUUCAAAAACUAAAGAUAAAGGUGUGUGGCACUGAGCAAAUAAUAAUUGCUAUAUUUGUGGUCUGCAGGCACUGGUGGAAAGGAAGCAUCCUUGUUUACUGAGGAGAUGUUGACAAUGUAUCAAAGGUUUGUCUUAAAAACUAAAAAGUUGAUAUGUCUUUUAAGUGUGCAGUCAAUGUAAAAUUCUGCGAGUAUUAAUUUUAUCAGACAAUAGUUCCUUUAAAUUAGAGACUGGUUUAACCCUCAGAAGUGCUUAACAUAUAGCUUCUCCCUAUAACAUCCAUACAUUAUCCAGCAAACAUGUAAUGAGAAUACUCAAACUAACCAGGUACAAGUUGUUAUCUUGAUCUAGCACCCAAUUCUCAUAACUAAUUUACAAGGAAAUGUGUAGCAGCCAGAUGGGAGAAUAAACAAUCAGAUCUUGGGUUAAGUAAAAUUUGAAUUCAGUGAAUAAAAGUUAUAUGUUUAUGGCCCCUGUGGUGUAAUCGCCACUGUUCAGGGUGAAACAAAUGGUUUUAAAGAAGAACUAGAAAUCAAACAAUUUUUGUCUUUGUUGAUUAAAGACUAGUCUAUCCUUUCAAAAAAUUGUCUUAAAAGGUGCCAAAAAUUUGUGUGUCAGUAUGUAAGGAGAUAACUGUUGUAUAAUACUUUGUAAUAGCUGACGUAAGAUUCUUUCAAUUGUUUCUGGAGCACACUUUUCCUUUAAUUUAUCUUUCCUUGCCUACCCCAGGUUUUCAGCUUACAAGAAGUGGAAAUUUGAAAUUCUGAACAUUAGUAAAAGUGAAGGUGGUGGUAUUAAGGUAGACUUGAAAGUUUGGACUCUAGGAUAAUUUGUUGGAACUAUUUUGAAUUUUUAAUCUAUCGCACGGUUACCCCUAGUGUUUCAUCAGGCUUCUCUGACAAUUUUCCGGUACCCAUUUAGAGAGAAACUGUGGGAGUAAAGUGUUUUCCCCAUGGACACAACACAAUGGUAUGCAUGGGGCCCGUUUCUCGAAGGUCCUGGUAACUUAAUGGGCCCGCAUAGCUGUUCUGUUUUCAUUCAAGAUGAUGGUUUCAAAAGUUUUAAAAGUUGUACAAUAAAACUAUCUGACAGCUAAAUAAACAAAAUGGAAUAAUUAGGGUGCCAAAACCUGCUUCUCUGUUCUUUAACAUUUAAUUUUAAGAUAACUAUGGCUUCGGGCCCGGAACUUUUGAGAAACGGGCCCCUGGCCAUGUAUCGAACCCAGACCUCUCAACCCAGAGUUCAGUGUGGAGUUUUGUUUGAAUUACUGUACAAGUUGAAUUUUUUCCGUUAUGCUCUUAGGUCCUAAUGAAUGAAUCUUGUAGGAUUUCUACGAAAACCGAAGAAAUAAAAACAAUUUCUGAUCGAACUAAGAACUCUUGGUAGCUUUGUUUUCACGCUGUAAUUUUAAAAUUGAAUAAUAUUGAGUUCAGUUUUGUUCUACUGUUUGCAGGAAGCAUCUGUUAGUAUUGUAGGGAGUGGUGUGUUUGGCACGAUGAAGGUAACUUGAAUGAGUAUUUAAACAUUAAAAGUUUGUUGCAAGAAUGAACACCUUACAAAUGUGGCUUAGCUUGUGAUUAGGCCUGCGUUGUUACGAACCCUAAGCUGUCAGGACGACAAUACCGAGGAAAACGUCGAUUAAAAAAUGAGAUUUAUGUUAGUUAGAAUUUCACGAAUGGCUAGAUGUCUUUACUUUCUCAUACGUCGCCACACUCCAACUUCAGCAUAGCGUAUGUGAGCAGCUCCAAAUGGAAACUUAAAUUAUUUGCCAUCGGGGUUACCAUGCUCAGACCACGCAAAUAUUUUAUGAUUUUACGUUGUUGUUUUGCAGAGGACGGCAAACAAAUGUACAAAGUUUUAAAACGUACGUGCUGAGCUAUUGUUCUGCCCGUUAGGUCUUUUUUUUUGUCACGCCCUCUCGCCGUUGCCGUCGUGUUUUGCUGAAAUCUCUUUCGCACUGUAAGUCGCGCGUUUCUCCGCUCGGAUGAAGAUUUUAGACGCGUAGAGGAGAGGGUUACCGCUGAGGGUCUGGGGCUAAUAAUUAAACAAAAUAUUGACAACUUUCUAGGGGCCAGAAUCGGAAAAAAGGUGCAGGGUCCUCACAGGCCCCCAUUAGGGACUUUUAACAAACCACGACCGCGGCGGCGACGAGGACGUGGCUAAACAUAAGAUUUAAUUGGCAGAACAAUAGCUAAGCACGUGCAUUUUAAAACUUUGUACAUUUCCUAGCUGUCCUUCGCAAAACAACAUCGUGAAAUCACCAAAAAUUUGUGUGGUCUGAGAACGGAAACCGCGGAGGCAAAUUAUCUAAGUUUCGAUCUGGCACUCACAUACCUCUUACUGAAGUUGAGGUGUAGUGCCGUGAGAGACGGUAAACACAUCUAACCAUUCGUGAAAUUUUGACUAAAAAUUUAAAUUUAUAUCUGAAACUAUGUCUUCGUCGGCGUUGUCGUGCUGACUGCUUAAGGUCAUUAUCUGUUACACUCCUUGUAGACUUCUCACCAGCUGCGUUACUCAAGGUUUCAUACACGCUGUACUCUCCCGCAGUGAAGAAACACUCGCGCCGAAGCGUUAAUGAGGGCCCGCACGCAGUCUAAAUGUUGCUUAGGUUUGUUUCCUGGGCAUAGCCUCAAAUGUGGGUUGAGUUUGUUGUUGGUUUUCAUGCUUGUUCCAGCUGAUACUCUAGGUUCUAAUUUACCUCGAAACGGUCGACAAACAGACUCUUUGAAUUUGCCACUAAUAAAAUUCCAUUUCUUAUUUAUCAUAUACAUUGUUGUCAUUUAGAUAUCUCUCUUCUAAACUUGGUUAAUGACCUUCUUAGUUGUCAUUUUUUGCUAGUUUGAAACUGGUGUCCACAGAGUUCAAAGAGUUCCGCAGACAGAGUCACUAGGCCGUGUUCACACUAGCACUAUGACUGUGGCAGUGUUACCACAGCCUGAAGAGGUACAGUUACAUUACAACCAAGUAUAUUGAAAUGAUCACGUCGUGUGCGUUCAACUAUUGAGAGUGUUGUCCAAGAGGUACAGUUACAUUACAACCAAGUAUAUUGAAAUGACCACGUCUUGUAGGUUAAAAUUUUGGGAAUAUUGCCACAAGGGGUUUCUUUACUUUUUAGUAUUCUUCUAUUAGUUAUUAUGCUAUUACUAAUUAGAAUCGAAGGAUUGAUUUUUUAAAAUAUUUUAUUUUAUUAUUUUCAUAACACAGACACCAAAAUGCUAACAUUCAGUUAACUAGAUCAUUUGCCUACCUGACAAUACGCACAUUUACAAUUUUUCUUCUACUCUGUCUACAAUUAUGAAAAUGCUUCAGCGCAGCUUAAACUAAAUUACUCACGAUGCCUUUCACUACAUAUUAUUGACGUCAGCCAAGUUACGAUACCUCACAAUACACACUGUACAUUUCUUAUUAAAAAGUUACUGGCAUCGUUUUUUCUCCAGGUAGAUGUGGUGAUUAAUCCAAACGAUCUCAAAGUUGAUACAUUUAGAGCAUCUGGGUAAGUAACUUAACAACAGUACAAAAACACCGGCAGUGACGUGCUUCUCAAGCAGGUUUUUCUGGUUUGUUUCAGUGCCGGCGGUCAGCAUGUCAACAAAACUGAUUCUGCAGUCAGAAUAACUCAUUUACCGACGGGACUUGUGGUCGGUUGUCAAGAGGAACGAUCUCAGAUUCAGGUAUUAUAUGAUAAGCUGCAUUAUGUUCGCAUUUUGAUUGUUUCCUUCUAAUGAUCCUUUAGAGUACAGGCGCAUAGAUGACAUUCCAUUAACAGAAAUUUGCUUUGUUAUCAUUUAAAACAAAGACAUUUCAUGUUGCCGUUGGUCUGCACAAUAAUAGAUCAUAGAUUACGUUGAAAUGUGGUAAGUACAUCAGUGACACACUCGGUGCGACGGCAUCGGUUUCUCUUCGCUACGCUACGUGAUUGGCUCAGAAAACGCGUGCCACCUUCUUAGCCAGUGAGAUGCAAUACCGAAACCAAUCGCUACUUGGUCGCUCGCGUUUUCCCGCGCUUUGAGCAGUUUCUUAAUUGAACGCGAUUUGUAUCAUCCUGGUUUGCCGUUGUGAUUACUCCUGUAAUUGUUUCGCGAUACUCUUUAAAAAUAUAUUCUAAGUUUUUUUCCCCCUUUUUAGAAUCGCUACAAAGCCUUACAAGUGUUACGAACGCGUCUGUACGAUAUACAGCGUCGACAACUGGAUUCAGAAAGAUCUGAAGCCCGCAGAAAACAGGUCAGCAGUAAAACGGAAAACGGACUGAUGCGAUAAACACGAAACACAGCGGUCAAACGUUUGCGCAUGCGAUCUUUAUAUUGGCUAGUUAACGCGCUUUCGGGCUGUCAGAACCAAUCGCACGAGCUAGCAAGUCACGAUGUUUUCCUUUGAGAUUUUGCGCGGGAAACUGGAGCGCGGCCGGCCAGAUUGGAUCCCCAUGCGCACGUCCAAAGUUUGACCGCUGUGUUGCUGCCGUAGCACGAAGCACGAGAGGUCCUUUUAUUCAUUUUAGUCAGGCUGGUCAGGCUGGGCGUCUAUUUUCCGUAACCCAAGCAUUUUAUGAAGUUUCCUAGAUUGUUCGCAGGUGCACAUUUGUACUCCAGGGUGCUGGAGAGAGAAACUUUUAAGUCUGUUUAGUUUGCCCAAUAACAUAAAACAAUGAUCGUGCGCUUGCUUGAGGGAGUUUGCCAACUUGUACUUGAGUUCUAAUUUGCUCCUUGUGGUAGCUCCUUUAUUCCUGGCUGUUGUGUUUACCUAGUUUGCUGUUUUACGACACUCAAUCAAAUGUGAUCUAAAACGAAACGUUUUCCAUUUAAUUAGAUCGGGAGUGGAGGGAGAUCAGAAAAGAUAAGGACGUACAACUUUCCUCAGGUGAGUCCAAGGUUUUCCUCUGUUUCGGUUUACUAUGGUCUUUUUAAGUGAGAAAUAUUCAGUCGAUACAUUGUGAGCUUUACAGGAACAAUGGAAAGUUGUCUGUUUUGCACAUUCCUCCGCUGUUGUUACUUAAUAAGAAAAUCCAACUCAUAAGUCGGGAAAUUAUGGUGAAAUUUGAAGUGUUGGAGACGUGAUUUCGAAUGUUUGAUGUUUGUCCCCAAUCGCCAUGAUCACCUGACCUCAACUGGUCAACUCUGGUCGAGAAUUGUGUCAUAUCUCGCUAUAAUCACCUCGCGCGAGGUGAUUAGAGUAGGAGCGCUACUUUUCAAAAUGGCUGUAUUGUGUUUUGUCAAUGUUUUUCGAGGAAGUGAUAAACGCAAUAGUAGAAAAUUGAAAUUCGAAGAGCACAAAAGAUGCUACUAACGUAACGCUCUUGUAACGUAACGCUCUUCGAAAGUAACUUGAAUUUUUUACUGACUAAUUGAAAUAAACCUAGUGGAAAUUGUGUGCCUGUCUUGAGACGAGUAAUCAAAACAACCAUAACAAAAUAUGCGUAGUGCUUUCUCUAUUUAUGAAUAGAGAAAGUAGUGCGCAUAUUUUGUUACAAAAUAAUUUCAACCACGUAACCAAUUUACCAGAAAAUUCGAAAGCAACGGAACGAUUGUACCAAUAACAAUUAUUGUCCUCGGGCUCAAUGCAUAUUGUUGUUAUUCAAAAAUAUUCACUUCGCCUUCGUGAAUAAUUGUAAAGCUAUGGCGGUGAUUAAAAAAAAAAAUUGCACAGCUUCUUGUGCAUAUCCUCCUUCAAAGUCUAAAAACGAGCAUGUCUUCCCCAAGGGCCGAGUGACAGAUCACAGAAUAGGUAUGACUGAGCAUGGAGCAGAACUGUUUUUAGAGGGAGAAGACAAACUUAAUCACAUGAUCACGGCUUUGCAGUCUCAACACGAAGCCGAGGCGCUACAGGAACUUACCAGUCAAUAUGACACCGGAAAAAAAGGGAAUAGGUAACCAAAGGAAAACACGGAAAACACAGCCAAAGACAACAACACGGCGCUUUCUCGAGGGCUCAUCUUACGAAUGUGCAAAUGGCCAGACGAUGAAAUAAUAGUAUCUAUAUCGGAAUUGGUUAUGUAUUUGUUUCGU